AUGAACAGAUGGCGUGUUGUGGUCCCUGCGGUCCGUGUGGGCCUUGCGUCCCCUGCGGCCCAUCUUGUGGUCCCUGUGGGUCCUGCGGUCCGUGCUGUGGUGGUCCCUGUGGGCCUUGCGGUGCGUGUGGCCCAUCGUGCGGCCCCUGUUGUGGGCCCUGCAGACCGUGCUGCGGCCCUUGCGGUGGUGGCCCUUGUGGUGCGUGCUGUCGACCCUGUGGCCCACGACCCUGCGGCCCGGGCUGUGGUCCGUGCUGUGGGCCUAGCUGCGGGCCGUGCUGCGGCCCUUGUGGGCCCUGUGGCCCUGGUUGCGGCCCCUGUGGACCGUGUGGACCCUGUUGAGCUUCCCUAUCCGUUGCUA